GUCAACUCAGCAGUUCCACGCUUUCAACGCAUCGCACCUCGGACGGACAGGAGAUGAUGGACGGUAGCCGGAGCAGCAGUGGCCAUCACGGUCGUGGACCGCGUGGCAUUCCAGAGGAGGACGACUCGGCCUUGUCGCCCAACACGGUGUCGGAGGCGACGCCGCUUCUCCCGCCGCACGUCCAGAUCGAAGUGUCCAAGUCGCUCAAGGAGAACCAGGACAAGUGGAAGCAUCUCAUGGACAUUGACGCGUCCAACAACACGGCGCAGCAGAUGGCCGACGACAUCGACGUCGACAUUGAGGCGCUCAAGUUCUUUGACGACAAGGAGUUCCCGCGCACGCAGCACGACAUGUCGCGGAGCCUGUCGCUGUCGAACAUCAUGUAUUCUCCCUUGAGCCACGACACGAAAACAGCAAGUGUCGACGUGAACAAGUUCAUGGUCGCCGCCGCCUUCAUCGAGGACGGCAUCCACGGCCGCAAGAUCGGGUAUCGCAUCGACGCCCAAGCCCUGCGCAUGGUGCGGUGGUUCCAUUCGACCUGGUACCGGUACCUCUUCAACGUCGUGGGCAUCGGGUGUUGUGCACUGGCCUUUGUUGAAGACGGGCAGGCUCGGCCGCUGGACGUGUGGUCGCUGGUGGAACUGCUCUGUUUGCUGGGGUUUUCCAUGGACGUAUACUACCGCUACGCCAUGAGCUCUGACAAGACCAAGGCGCAGUUUCGACAACGCGAACCGUGGGCGACCUUGCGGUUUGUGCUGCUCGUCGUGACGUUUGCCGAGAUGGGGUUGUGUGCGGCGGGAGUGUCGAUUGUCCAGCCCCGAUACACUCGCAUCUUUCGGCCGUUCAUGGUCAUCGCUCGUCGCCGCAAUAUUCGCGUGGUGUUUGCCAGCUUUCUGCGCGCGCUCAAGGAUGUGGCGGUGGUGCUGGCGCUGACGUUGUGUGUGGUUCUGUUCUUUGGGCUCAUGGGCUUUCUCCUGUUCGCCGACUCGAGCGUGAUUCUGAACGUGCCGUACUUUGCCACAUUGGGUGACUCGCUGUACAAUAUGCUCUUGAUCCAGUCGUGUUUGCCGGUUAUGAUGGCGGUGAUGCUGCCGUACUACGUUCAAUCCCAGUGGAGCGCGUUGUACUUUGUCGUGUUUGUGCUGUUUACCAACUUUUUUCUUGUCAAACUUACGAUCGCCGUGUCAUAUCGUCGAUACAAGCGAAACACGGAAAAAAUGCUUUAUAAACGCCUCCAAAAGCGUAAAAUUGCACUGAGCAAGGCAUUUGAGCUGCUGUCGGACGACCCAUUGGAUGAAGACACCCCUCGUACGAUUACGCUCGACGCGUGGCUAAACGUGUGUCGGUUUUUGAAGCCAAAAUGGACUUCCGAAGAGGCGGAAGUCGUGUUUUAUUCGAGCGACGUGCAACAGACGAAUGCUGUGGACUUCACCGCGUUCAUUCAGUUGAGUUCUGUGCUUGUAAAUGCCUCCGUGAGUCGUCGGCACCGCCGCCCGUCGUUGUUUAUUCAAGACAUGAAAAAGUGGCAAACCCGAACGCGCAACUUCCUUCUCGCCCAAACCACAGUAUGGGGGUACCCUGUGAUCUACAUGGAGGUAUUUGUGGGCUUUUUGAUCUGCUUGUCCGUGGUGCAAGCGACCCAAGUGAAUAAUUACGCACUUACAAACUCGCUCAAUCAUACGUGGCGCCUCGUGGGGGUCGGGCUUCUCUCGCUUUUUACCGUUGAAAUCUUGCUCAAGUUGUUUGCGUUUGGGUCCACCGAAUUCUUCAACCGGCCGUUCUGCCAGUUUGAUAUUGUCGUGGCGGUCGUGGGCUGGCUCUUUUAUGCCAUGACUAGCCUUGUGCCAGCGUUCCCCGUGGUAUUUUACGACUUGGCGCUGGCUGUGCGGUCCCUUCGGGUGUUGAAAUUGCUCAACUUGUUUCCUCCGUUUCACAGUAUCUUGUGGACCAUGAACCGCAUCAUCCCAUUGAUUGGGCAACUGUUUUUGGUGAUUCUCAGCGUGGUCUACGUGUUUGCCAUCUUGGCGCAAGCGAAUUAUGGCCAAGUGCUGGCGACGUUUCCCGACUCGUUGAAAGCAAAUGCGUCGGCGUGGUACAUCCACAAGGAAGAGUUUCAGCUCGAUACGUUUGAAAAGUACGUUUAUUUCAAAUAUAUAUUAAUAUAUAUACUGUAAACACGGUGGAUAUUUGUAUUAGCUGCCUCGUGACGUUAUUUGAAGAAGCCACGUUGGCAGGGUGGAACAGCAUCAUGGACGCCCUCUUCGUCGUAACCCAAAGCCCCCACACGCUCAUGUUUUUCUUUACAUAUCGGAUCACAAUCAGCAACAUAUUGCUACCAAUUUUCGUGGGUUUUCUUGUCGAAAGCUUCAGUUCCAACCAGAAACCAGCGGAAUCGUACGUUGUUAUGUCCCUAUCAAGUACUUAGUCUAGUACUUCAAGUGCAUUCGAAUGCUCUUUGUUCCAGGACAUAUCUUGUGUGAAUUAUGAUGAAAAAAUCAUCGAAAAUCGGCAAAUUUUGUCGGAAAUCGUCGAAAAAUACCCAAAAAUCGUCGAAAAAAGAAAAAAAAUGUUCUGAAUGGAAUGGUUGAAUUGUAGGGAAGAAUUGGCCAGCACAGAGACGUUGAAGGUGCUGCCAGCGUCGACGGAUGCCCCCCCAACCGUCCAAAAGCGAGUCAAGUACAAGAUGAGCUUCCAGCGACGGACGUCGGACGUCCAGAGCGCCAUGUUUGACUUCUCCAGCAAGAAAAUCCAGCAAGAUCAAUUUGAACGCAAGGUGAAGGAGCUGAAUUUGAUCGUACUGGCGAAAAACGAACAGCUCGCGGCGUUACGGGCGCAGGUGGACGAGCUGAUGCAAGCCCAAGCCACGGCACAUGUACCGACUAGUUAGUACUAGUAGCUACUAGUAGUUAGUUGGUUGAGAGGCCAAGGUUGCACAAUUAAAUUUUGAAGUUGAGUACUUCACACAGGGCGACCAUUGAUGUGCCGAUUUUUAUACUUGAGUUAUGUAUUGACAACGAAAGGU